AGCGCGAUGGCGUCGGCGCCCGGGCCGCGGGCAGCUCAGCCGGUACCGCCGCCGCCCCCGCCGCUCCUCCCGCCGCUCCUGCCGCUCGCCCUGCCGCUCCUCGACUCGGUGGACGACGCCGAGGGUCUGUACGUGGCCGUGGAGCGCUGCCCGCUCUGUAACACGGCCAGGAGGCGCCUGACGUGCGCCAAGUGCAUCCUGGCCGGGGACUUCGUGUACUUCGACGGCAGGAACUCGGAGAGGUAUGCAGACAAGCUGGACCGGCUAAAAUGCUUGAGAAAUGAAAAAGAUGAAUACCAGCAACAAGUUAUCAAAGCUAUUGAAGGAAAGUGGAAAGCUGAUGAGUUGAAAUGGAAGAUUAUGUCUUGCCAAAUGAGGAUUGAACAGCUGAAGGAGGCGAUUUCCUCUGGAAAUGAUGACGUCCAAAGAGAUACUGAAUUAGUGCUUAGAAAUCAGGAUGACAAUGUAAAGCUGCAGCGGCGAGCUCAGCGACAUCAAGACAAAAAGGACAAGAUUCAAAGACACAUCCGUAAACUUGGGGAUCUGGUCGAGAAGAAAAAUGCUGACCUUUGCAAUCGACACGAACUGUUGGCCGGCAAUCGCUGGUCAAAUAUCCUGGAGCUAACCAGUGUGAUUUUCCCACUCCAAGAGGUGAAAACGAGUGUGAGGGAUCCGGCAGAUACAGCCUUGGAAUCCGACAGCAGUAUGACCUCAAGUACUGUGAGCGAGCUGGCAGAGGCUAGGAGGACAACUUAUCUCUCUGGCAGGUGGAUCUGUGAUGACAAUAACGGGGAAACGAAUAUAAGCAUCACAGGCUCUUGGAUAUACCUUCCCAGCAAUGGGGAUUACUCAUCAUAUUAUAACUGGGUGGAAGAGAAAAAGACUGCCCAGGGACCCGACGUGGAGCAGAGUAACCCCGCGUAUACCAUCAGUGCGGCACUGUGCUACGCCACACAACUGGCAAAUACGCUUUCUCAUAUUCUGGAUGUAAAUCUUCCCAAAAGACUUUACAACAGCGAGUUUUGUGAAGAGAAUAUGAGCAGGAAGAAGUUUAUUCGGGCAGUGAAUAAACUGAAUGCAAACAUCCUACACCUUUGCUUUUCCCAGCAUGUUAACCCUGAGCUGUUGCAUCCUUUGCACACGCUCCGGAAUAUUAUGCAUCUGGUCAGUCCUGGAAAUAGCAAUCUGGGCAGAUCUGGGCCUUUUGAAAUCAGCACUGAUCUUGAAGACUCAAUGGAACUGGUGGACCCGAGCAUUGCUGGUCAGACGGAUGAGAGUGGUGAUGAACAUAUGACUGACGAAGAGACUGAUUUGGGAACAGACUGGGAGACUGUGCCAAGUCCCAGAUUUUAUGACAUCCCAUCUCAGCCAGUGGAAGUGUUGCAGAGUCAGGCCAUGCAGGCGUCGCAACCCAUCAGCGCCAGCACCAGCAGCACAGGUGGUAUGAUAUCUUCUGCGGCAGCAUCAGUUACAUCAUGGUGGAAACAAUACUAUGGCCACCGCUGAUCGUCUGCUGCUGUGGAAUAUAAACAUGAAACCAAGACACCUGGGAAGAACACUUGUUUGAGCACUGCCUAACUUAAUCAGCAGCAAAAAAGACUGUUGUGCUUAUACUGAUCAGAAUGAGCAUAAAACUACUGAAAGCUGCAACAUUUGUCCAGGUUUUGUUUCAGUAUAAGAAAAACUUCUAUUUGUAAAGCAACCCCAGGUUGUGUUUGAUAUUCAGACCUGCCCAGCAUACAUGUUACAUUAUCAAUUGUAAUGUGAAGCUCUAUGUAUUUUCUUCCAAGCUGAACUUAUAUGCUGGCUGCUAAGUACACUUUACAGACUUGCCUGCACGGAUGAGUCAAGUUCCACUUUACCACUGUCCACUUUGCUGGGUCAGUUUACUUAGACUACAGUGGUGGGAGUUGGUUGAAGUUUUGAGUAAAUUGCCUUUUUUGAUUUUUUUUAUAUAUAUAUUUUUAAAUGACGGCUGUGUAGACUAGCAAAAUACCGUUUCCUCAAAAGUGUUUCCCUAAUUUAAAUUUCAGCAAUAGGAGAGUUGACAAUUUUGCUGUCAGACAUUAAUAAAUCCCAAAUCAUGUACUGUAGUUACAAGGAGCUUCACAAUGCUGUGUGGCCAAGUGACAGGCCUUAGUAAAGCUUUAAGAGAUUCUGUGGUCUAUACCAUUAGUCUUCACUUGUUACAAUCCUACACGUUGUUUGACUAAGUGCUGUAAAAUAAACUUGAUUAAGAGCUGGUUUUAAAAAACUAAACUUGGGAAUAUUGUAUUUGAAAUAAUCAAUUGGGUUGUUUUAGAUUUUUGGCACCGCUAUGAUAAAAUAUCAAUGUGGACAAUUUUUCACAAUUUUUAAUCUUUGGUUGAUAUGUAAUCUAAUUUCAAUGGUGUUUUGUUUUACAUGGGGAAAACAAUUAAAUUUAUUAGAAACCUUGUAAAAUCCAAAGUUUAUCCAGCAACCAAUCUGCCAUUAAAUGGUUGGCUGUUUGUAAGUGUCUCCACUAGUCAGCUUACUUAAGGGCAGAUGACCAGAAAAAUGGAGAGCCAGAUAAUACUGGCAUCACCAGGACUUGGAAUUUCAGUAUUUUGUGUUGUGAUUUCACUCCUUUUAUAACUUUUGGAUCAGACUGCACAUCAUGCAGGGUUAUUUCAAUGUGUUUUUCUUUUUCAUCAAGUAUCAGUUGUUGUAAUGGACUGCUAAGGGGGAAUGAUCUUUGUGUGCAUUCCAGUUAAAUUACUACUGUAAUAUAAAUUAUUAUAAUUCUUGCAUUUGAUAUAACGCCAUGUUAUCCAGUGGAAAAAGUAUCAUUACUUCACAGGAGUUACUUUCAAGUGAAGACAGCCAACCUGUAGAUCACAUGGCAAAGAUGCUAACAAUACAAUACAGUUCUGGAUGAUCUGCAGCUUGUGGAGAAGAGUUGGAGUAGUGGAGCCUAGGCGUGGAUGAGGGUUUCGGUGGCCUGAGGGGUGAGGCAGUGG